AUCAAAUAGGACAAAACCCAAAAGCCUAUCCCUUUAUAAUGUAAUGUUAUGAUAUGUUAUGCAUGCCAGUGUGUGUACUAUUACAUUAACAUGAAGAUGAGCAUGAGCAUGAACAACAAAAGUAGACGAAAGUAGAAAGCUAAGCAUCACGAGGGAGGGCGUAUUUGGAGUAUUGUAUUGUCAUCAUUAAGUCUCCUCUUCCUCGUACCCCAUAAUAAUUCAUCAUUGAUGUGUGGUAUGGAUAGAUCUAAAUGUUCCAUGAACAAACACCCCAUUUCAACAGCCACUUCUUGGUUUCUGUAAUGAAUAUAUUUUGUUUGUCACUUUGUUCUUUAUCUCUUUUGAGUUUUUCUCUCUAUCAUUUGGCUUCUUUUCUUUAUAGAAGAAUAAAGAGUGUGUAGAAUUUAGGAGGGAGGUCAGGUCAGUGCUUUCUUUAGUCCUUUCUUGGUGUGUAGAGACAGGGGAGGAGGCUAUGGAGAGAAUGCCCUGCGGCGGCGGCGAUGGCGACGGCAGUGGCAGUGAUGGGGUGGUGAUGACAAGAGACCCUAAGCCGCGGCUACGAUGGACUGCCGAUUUGCAUGACCGGUUUGUUGCUGCUGUAACUAAGCUCGGCGGUCCUGACAAGGCUACUCCAAAAUCAGUACUGAGGGUUAUGGGGUUGAAGGGGUUGACACUGUAUCAUCUAAAGAGCCAUUUACAGAAGUACAGACUUGGACACCAGCAGCAGACCAAGAAACAGAUUACUCAUCACCAGAAGAAAGAGCAUGAAGAGUUGCCAUGGCAAUUCAAUGAGUGCAGCAAUGAAAAGGGGGAAAUUCCACUUGCUGAAACACUCAAGUGUCAAAUAGAAGUGCAAAAAAGGCUACAAGAACAGCUUCAGGUGCAGCAGAAACUGCAAAUGAGAAUUGAAGCACAGGGGAAGUACCUGCAGGCCAUACUGGAGCAGGCACAACAAAGACUUUCAGCUGGUACUAAUCACCCUGAAAGCCUUGAGUCAAUGAGAGCUCAAAUAACAGACUUCAAUUUGGCGCUAUCGAAUUUCAUGCAAACAAUAAAGGGUAAUGAGAGAGACGAGACAACCAAAUUGGCCAUGCCGCAGAAUAUUAAUACAAGAAUGGCCGAAGCAAAUUACAGUGAUAAGGGACAAGAGGUUAAGGAGAUUGAGCUGAGUCUCCAUGGGCCUUCUAUAGGUUUCGAUUUAAAUAGAAGCAGCAGCAAUGACUUUGUAGGCAUUAAGGAUUCAUAUUAGAAGCCAAGCCACGGGCAAGCAGAUCAGACCCGUGCCCUGUGGAUGGCUCAAAUUUAAUUAUGUCAUGCUACCUGCACUAUACUCAGUUGGAAACUCGGAAUCUACAAUGUAUCGAUUAGAGCCAUUUUUUGGGUUCAUAUCACUAUUCACUGUCAAUCUUAGGUAACAGAAUACUACACUUUGGGAGCAUCUCAUCAUAUCAGGGUUCCUUUGCCAGGCAUAUUAAUAGAAUCCACCUAUUUUAAUCAUAAACUUAUCUUGGAAGGGUGAAUCAAUCAUGUUCAUAGUAUGCCACCAGAUGAAUCAAGUUUGCAGUGUUUUUGAUACUUCAUUAGUCGCAAUUGUGAUGCUUUUAACGUAGGGAUAUACUGUGACAUGCAUAUGUGGACAGUGAACGAAUUACUAAAUUUAUAUAGUAAAAGUGUAAAACCAAGAAGCUGCAUUUCACAGCGAAGAGCUUAAUUGCUCAAAUGUAAAGAAUGAUCAUCUCUCUACAUUCAGAGUUAAAAAGGUAUGAACGAAUGCAGCUCAUAUAUUUAAACAAGAGUAUUGAACGAAUGUGUAACUGAUACCCAUUAUUUUUCGAC